CGGAGCGGCUAUAUCCUACGCGUCUUUUAGCUUUCUUCAGCGCAUAUUGAAUACCCAAGCUCAGCUGAGCACUGGUAGGGCGCUGGUAGGGUAGGGCUUUCUCGACCUAGCUUGUCGCCCAUUCGGAGCUGAGCUCUAGCUUCGAUAUCAUUCUGCCCCACUGCCGCUCUAGACAUGCGAUUCUAGAAGUUACCCCACCAUUAUCGGGACGGGAGCUGUUCAAUGCACACUCAGGCACCGCGGGCACCACCGCGAACGGGCACAAUGCCGGUUGACUACAGCAAGUGGGACGCGCUCGAGCUCAGUGAUGACUCGGACAUUGAGGUGCAUCCCAAUGUCGACAAGCGAUCCUUCAUCCGUGCGAAGCAGCACCAGAUCCACAUGGAGCGCGAGCAGCGCAAGCACCAGAUCGAGACCCUCAAGUACGAGCGCAUCAUCAACGACCAGCUGAUCAAGCGCAUCUCGUCCCUCCUCGCCGCUCUCAAGUCCCGCGCAUCCGAAGCCAAGACCAGGAAUCCGGGCGAGGUGGCCUUCCAGGCCGUCAUGGAGUCGGCGGCGGGGCUGGACCCCAAGGACGACCAGCCUCCCCCGCGCCCAGCCGGCGUGCACAACGCCGAGGAACCCCAGCCCACGUACACCAAGAUGAUGGCGACGCUCCUCGACCAGGUGAACAAGGCGCUCGACGAGAAGAAGCUCGAGCAGGACAAGAGAUAUGACGGCAUGGUGGCGGAGAUCGAGGACCACCUGAAGAAGGUCACGGAUCUGCAGGGCGAUCUGAUCAAGAAGCUCGCCGAGCUCGAGCGGGAGGCAUCGCGCAAGAUUACCAGCGAGAGCAUCCACACGGGCUUCGACAGUUCCCAUAUCAACAAAUCGAAGUCAUCAUCCUCGGGCGCCGGGCCCGGCGAGUCCAAGGUUGAGCUCCUCAACCCCAACUUCGCAGGGGCCUCCUCCCUCCCCGCAGAAUCCAGCUCCAAGCCCGGCGACAACAACAACGCCGAUGACAAUGACGACGACCAAGAGAUCAGCGCGUCCCCGCUCGCGCGCCAGUUCGCCCAGAUCAAGGCCAGCGAAUACCGCGAGUCGGCGGCCUUCCUCUCGCAGCACCCGGAGAUCCUGACGGAGAAAGAGCACGAGGGCCUGCUCAUGCUCGCCUUCGACGCGCAGAUGGAGAACCGGGCCGACUACGCGCGCAACUGCGUGCACCAGGCGCUGCUCAUCCACUACUGCCGCGCACUCGGCCGCGACGGCGUCGCCCUCUUCUUUAAGCGCGUCACCACCCAGGGUCACCAGGCCCAGGAGGUCUUCCACAAGGACGUGCAGGACACGUACAUGAAGAUCAGGACGCGCGCGAGGGAGAUCGUGCUGCAGCGCGCGAGAGACGAGGCCGAGGGAAAGGGCGGCGUGGAGCAGAUCCAGCUGCAUGCUGUCGAGCCCGGGACGGUGAUCAACAUCCGGAUUCCGGAGAAGGGCAGCGAGGAUCCCGAGGUGAAGAAAGGGAGGGAGAUCUUUGAGUCGUUUAGUCCUGAGAUGAAGAUGGCGUUGGAGUCGGGCAGUUUGGACGAGGUGAACAAGGUGCUGGGCGACAUGAAGGUCGAUGAGGCCGAGGAGUUGGUCGGGAAGUUGGGUGAGGCGGGGAUUCUGAGUCUCGAGGAAGAGAUUAUCGAUGCCACCACCGAGGAAGGCAAGGAGAAGGUUAAGAAGCUUGAACAGGAGAGGAAAGAGGCAGCAAAGGCUGAAGAGGCUGAAGAGGCCGAGUAUGCUCCAGAUCCGGAGUGAGGGUUGUGGGUGGUGGGAAUGGGUGAUUAUGUUUAGUCUUAUAUCCAACCUUGUGUGCUCGCGUCUAUCCGGAGGGAUGGUGUGCAUUGAAUGUGAUGUUCUUUCUUUUCUGUGUUUGGUGGGUUUACUUCAACCUUGACCGCGCUUUAGAUGAUCACAACACUCAUCGUGAACUUCAGUUGUUUCCCGUCCUCUUUUCAUCCGUUUUGGGAGACCUCCUUAUCUGGAUA